AAAUUCAUUCUUAUUCUUCUAAUGUUUCUUUCUUCAACCAUCACUUCUGAAUAUGUUCGUCCUUUACCUCGCAAAAACUUAAACAUCCCAUGGCCAUGGGAUUCCAAAUCCAAAACUCACUCUUAUGAACCUCAACAGAUGGUGGGCGUCGACAACGCGUUAUAUAACUGCAACCUCUUGUAUACGGAUUAGCAGGAAUCCGGGGACCAGGAGGCGGUCUGAUUUGCGGUGGAAACACUAAAUAUUUGUCGAUAGUUGAUGCCUCUCCAUCACGAGUGAAGGUACACAUUUCUUUGGCAGGAGACAAACACAUGAGAAUUACAUGGAUAACUGAUGAUAAACAUUCACCUUCAUUUGUAGAAUAUGGAACAUUACCUGGUAGAUAUGAUUCAAUAUCGGAAGGAGAAUACACAUCAUAUAGUUAUCUGUUAUACAGUUCAGGAAAGAUACACCAUACUGUAAUUGGACCAUUGGAAUACAAUACCGUGUACUUUUACCGAUGUGGCGGACAAGGUCCUGAGUUCGAGCUCAAAACUCCUCCUGCUCAAUUUCCAAUUACUUUUGCUGUAGCUGGAGAUCUUGGUCAAACUGGUUGGACUAAAUCAACGUUAGAUCACAUUGAUCGAUGUAAAUAUGAUGUUUAUCUUCUUCCAGGUGACCUUUCGUAUGCCGAUUGUAUGCAGCAUCUUUGGGACUCGUUUGGAAGGUUAGUUGAGCCGCUUGCUAGUGCGAGGCCAUGGAUGGUAACACAAGGAAAUCAUGAAGAGGAGAAUAUACUAUUGUUAACCGAUGAGUUUGUGUCCUAUAAUUCUAGAUGGAAAAUGCCUUUUAAGGAGAGUAGAUCAACUUCAAAUCUGUAUUAUUCUUUUGAAGUUGCAGGUGUUCAUGUUAUCAUGCUAGGGUCUUAUGCAGAUUAUGAUGAGUACUCGGAACAAUACAGAUGGCUAAAGGAAGAUCUCUCAAAGGUGGACCGGAAAAGGACACCAUGGCUGUUCAUGUUAUUUCAUGUGCCAUGGUAUAAUAGUAACAAAGCUCAUCAAGGUGCCGGGGAUUAUAUGAUGGCAGUCAUGGAGCCAUUGCUUUAUGCUGCUAGUGUUGAUUUAGUUCUUGCUGGUCAUGUUCAUGCUUACGAACGUUCGAAACGUGUUUAUAAUGGAAGAUUGGAUCCUUGUGGUGCUGUCCAUAUAACCAUUGGUGAUGGUGGAAACAGAGAAGGCUUAGCUCAUAGGUACAUAAAUCCACAGCCACAGUGGUCGGAAUUCCGCGAAGCCAGUUUUGGUCAUGGUGAGCUGAAGAUUGUAAACUCUACUCAUGCCUUCUGGAGUUGGCAUAGGAAUGAUAACGAUGAAUCAGUAAAAGCUGAUGAUAUAUGGAUAACCUCUUUGGUAAGUUCAGGAUGCGUUGAUCAGAAGAGACAUGAGCUCAGGAGUAUGCUUGCGACACCAUAGCAGACUAAUGUCUGCUAUACUCAUUACUUAAUAAGCACUUUGAUUGUGUCAUAAGGGCUAGUAAUCUUAAGUAUAGUAGUACACAUCUGCUGGUUGUGUGUGUAUAUAUUAACUCAUACUGUAAGGACUUGGAAUUGUAUGUAAAUGGAGUGUAAAGCUAGUAGUCUCUUAAGUUAUAAUUUUCAAACCAGUGCUAUCAGUAUCUAAGUUAUAAUUUUUAUCCAAACUUCUUCAUGACAGUUGAUCUAAA